AAAUGACUGGAUUGGUCGAUAGAACCCUGUCUAAUAAGCACAGCUUCUAUACUGUAUAGAAAUGAAAAUCUUUUUAAGCCUUAGGGUUCUAGAAUAGCUAUGAAGAACUUGGAGGUUUUGCGAGAGAGGCAUUCGCGGCUGGAGCUCGGCGAUGAGAAGAUCGUCGCGGCGGCAGUCGACAGCGGGCACGAUCGCGCCUUCUUUCUCUCGAAUGGCGGCAAUCUCCACUGGGAAGAUGAGCUCUCGCGGCAUUCGCUGUCCCUGGCGAGUGCCAUCGAGUUCGACGCCGGCGUGGUCGGGAUGGAAUUCCUGCUGGAGCUGGAAGCGCUGGUCAUUGGCAUGGAGAGCGGUGAUCUGGUACUGGUUGAGCCACGGUCUAGCAGCGCCAUAGAAGUUAUUGGCUCGCUCCAGGGAGGGAUUCUUAGUCUCGCUGCUAGUCCGGAUGGGGAACUGUUAGCUAUAGUAUCAGGACUCGGGCAGAUCUUACUCAUGACUCCAGCAAACUGGGACACUGUCCACGAGUUUUCGAUCAAAAACAACGAUCGCCAGGAAUUUUCUAGUAGCGCUGUGGAACUCUCGUGGCGGGCUGACGGGAAGUACUUUGCUACAAGCGAAUACAAUGCUCAAGAAAGCAGCAGUGUCGUGAAGAUCUGGGAAAGAGAAACGGGCAAACUCCAUUCGAGCUGUGAAGCAUUGCCAUCGACGCAUCGCUCGAGCAUCUGCUGGAGUCCGAGUGGUGCUCGAAUUGCUGCCAGCACUUCCAAGGCAGACCAGGCUCCCAGUGUGACGAUCUUCGAGCGGAAUGGUCUGAAAAAAGAUUAUUUCCAGGUUACUGCUCCUGCCGGUGCUCGUGUAGAAAGUCUGCAGUGGGAUUCCAGCGGAGAAGUCAUGAAGAUGGUUGUCAGGUGUGAUGGCUGGGACGCGAUCCAGUUCUGGUACUGCAGCAACUAUCACUGGUACUUGAAACAGGAAUGGCGCUACACGUCCAAAGAGACCGUGAGCACAGUGUGGCACCCAGAGAAGCCUCUCAGUGCCAUGGUUUGGACUGUCUUGGGCAACAUCAAAGCUACCACUUUGGGUUGGAAGUCGGCUGUGCUGGACUCUUCGGUGGCGCUGGUUAUUGAUGGCCCGAGUCUUUUGGUCACACCAUUGGCUGUCUGUAUGACUCCGCCACCUUUGUACUUCUCCAAGGUACGAUUCCCCGCACCUGUGAAUACCGUGACACUUACGAGCGAGUCUUCUGGUUUUACCACCGUUGCAGCCAGUUUAUCAGACAAAAGUUUUGGCCUUGCUGUUCUCGCAACUAGUGACGGCUGGAAUGAUCUGGAAGACAGUGAAGUUGUGGGAUACAUAUUGCAGAACUUCGAUGGUGGUGUGAGGAACCUGAUUUCUACGGGAGCGAACAGGUUUUGUGGACUCCUAGACAGCUCGAGCGGUCACGGUUCGUUACAGUUUACUGAGUUCGAGGCUACAGAUUCUGGAGAAGGAUGGACUUCGCGUUCUCUUUCUCUAGUCUAUUUGGACAAGCCGCUCAUAGCAGCGGCGAGAAGUCCCCUUACAGAGAGCUCGCAGGCUUUUCUACAGCUAAAUGACGGAUCGAUCCUGAACCAUUGCGCUGGAGAGCUUACUCCGGUUGGAAAGUUUCCAGUUGCAUGUCCGUGGAUGCAAGCUUUUGAAGAUAAGGGACAGGUGCAGUUCGUCGGCCUUGACGAACGCGGCCAGCUCCAUUUUCGUAAUUCCGUCAUCAGCAGCGAGUGCACCGGGUUUGCACUCCACAUCACAUCCACAAAAGCGAGGCCAAGCGUCGUUCACUUGGUUUAUACAACAAGGCAAGACUUGCUCCACAUUAUCCCUCUCGGCAGCAGCAACUUCACGUCUUCUCCUCCGGAAGUACUAGACGUUGGUAGCGGUAAACGGCAACCAGCGCCGAAGGAUUUCAACAUUCAGCGUGUUUGGGAGAGGGGAGCCAGGAUAGUUUCUACGCUAGGUGGCAGCGACGUUGCGGUCAUCAUGCAACCCAGCCGUGGGAAUCUCGAAACCAUUUAUCCACGGGGAUUGAUACUUCACGCUGUCGAAGCGGCACUAGCUGAGCAAGACUUUGCAGAAGCUAUCACCUGCGCGCGGCGGCACAGGAUUGAUCUAAACGUCAUCGUGGACUUCCUUGGUGAGAAGGAGUUUUCCCGUUUGGCCCCGGACUUUGUCAAGCAAGUCGGCAAACUUAGCCUUGUCACGGAGCUGGUUAGCUGCCUGGGAAACGAGAACGUUUUGGAAACGACGUACAAGAAGACAUUGUCUACGCUGAAUCCGGAGGACAGGAUGGUCCCGGCGGUUUCAUCCAACAAGAUGCAAGUGGUAUUAGAAGCGCUGAGAAGUGCUGUCGAAAAUCACGUAACAGAUAGUCCAUCUCGAGAGAUGUGCCUGCUGACUAUUCUUGCUCGAAACGAUCCGCCUUUGCUCGAAGAGGCGUUGAAACGCAUCAAGCUACUACGUGAAGGAGAGCUUGGUCUCGGGACUUCAGAUGAUGAGGAGGCUCUGGAAGCAAUUGAGUCACAGGGAAAACUUGUGGCGGAGAGCGCUCUAAAGCACCUGAUAUGGCUCGCGGACGCCGACGCGGUGUUUGAUGCGGCGCUGGGACUUUACGACUUGCAUCUAGCUGCAAUGGUGGCGUCUCACUCCCAGCGAGAUCCUAAAGAGUUCCUUCCUUUCCUUCAGGAGCUAGAAGACAUGCCACCCUCCAUAAUGUGCUACAAGAUCGACUGCAAGCUAAAACGAUAUGCAAGUGCACUGCGACACCUUUCGAGCGCCGGGGAGACGUAUUUCAACGAGGCACUCGAUCACGUCCAAAGUCAUCCGGAGCUCUUCUCUCUCGCACUCUCCAUCUUUACAGGCGAGAGCCAAAGGUCGUCUAUUAUGGAGGCUUGGGGAGAAUACUUCCUUUCUCAGGAAAGGUUUGAGGAUGCAGCUAUCACUUUCAGGUCCUGCUCGCAGCUCCACAAGGCUUUAGCUGCGUACCGUGCUGGCGGUCACUGGCAGGGUGUGCUCAUGGUUGCUGGCCAGUUGAGCAUGACACCGGACGAGAUCACCAACCUUGCACUAGAGCUCCGAGAAGAACUCCAAGCAAUGGGACAGCCAAAAGAAGCUGCGAGAGUAGCUCUGGAUUAUUGUAAGGACGUCAAGGAUGCUGUCGGCCUUUUGAUCGAGGCAAGGGACUGGAUGGAAGUCCUUCGGCUGUGCUACCUUCAUGCUCAGCCCGAUAUCGUGGAUACUAUAGUACAGCCAGCUGCUGUGGAGUGCGCAAAUGGAUUGGUUGGUCAGUUCCAGGAGGGCGUCGAGAAAGUCGGGAAGUAUUGUGCUCGAUUUGUUGCGGUACAUCAGCGCAGGGUACUGCUGGAAGCGAAGAUAAAAUCGGAUCAAGGAGAAGACCGUUUCGACGACGACACCGCAUCAGAGGCUAGUAGCAACUUGAGUGGGAUGAGUGUUUAUACACGCGGGACUGCAAGAACAGCAGCGACAGGAAGAACCCGAGCCAGACGCCAAGGCAAAGUUCGAGCAGGGAGUCCUGGAGAAGAGCUUGCUCUAGUGGAGCACCUUAAGAACAUGGCUAUAAGUCCGCAGCUGGCAGACGAGCUCAGGCCUCUGCUACAAAUCCUUGUCUUCGUAAAGCGUGAAGACUUGUCGUGCAAACUCCAGCAAGCCGCAUCAAAAUUCCAAGCCACUCAAGCGGAGGCCAUGCGAGCAGUUGAAGAAAAUGGCAUUACCGUCGACAAGACAGCAGCAAACAGGGUGGUAAACUGGUCCUAUCAAGCCUUGGAAAGGGUCUUAUAAGCUGAUAAAGAUGGGGGCUGGCU